GAAGAAAAGUUUCUCUUAAUGUGCUGUUUCUUUUACAACCAAGACAAGGCUUAAAACACCUGCUUUUCUCCCACCAGUCAUUGUUUUGAUUAAAGAGGAGGAAAACCAAAACAAACAUCUUAUGUAGAAGAUACAGAGCUGUUUUGAAGAGCUUCCUUUACAAGCGCUUCUCUUGAGACUCUAUCUCUCUCAUAGAGUGGAUCUCUUGUCUGAGCUACCUUUCUCUGUGAACAGGAAUUCAAUGAAAAUAUAAGAAAUAUGCCUCAAAUUAAUGACAUCUGAACUUGGCAAGUCUGUGAACGACUGCAGUUACUACUUGGACAGGAAAUACGGAGAGAGAAAAUAACUGUGCUUCAGAAGAGAAUAUGUUGUGAAGAGAUGACUUGUUUAGAAGACUUCUUAAAGACAGCAAUAAAGAAAAUGCUUUAUCUUAGAACAAAAGCAUGGUGACUCCAGAAUAUUGCAUCACCAAAUGAGGAACCCACAAGCAAGACAUAACUUUUACUUGGCGGCACCUGACUUGCUGGAUCCCAAAUCGGCCACUCAGAACUCCAAACCAAGAUUAUCAUUUUCCACCAAGCCUACCGUGCUCGCUUCACGGGAGGAAAACGAUUCAGCCAUUAAUGUUAUGAAAUGGAAGACAGUCUCAACAAUUUUUCUGGUGGUAGUCUUGUAUUUAAUAAUUGGAGCAACAGUAUUUAAAGCCCUGGAGCAGCCUCACGAGACGUCCCAGAGAACCACCAUUGUGAUUCAGAAGCAGACGUUUGUAUCUCAGCAUUCCUGUGUGAAUGCAACAGAGCUUGAUGAACUGAUUCAGCAAGUAGUGGCAGCAAUAAAUGCAGGAAUCAUACCUUUAGGAAACACAUCUGCUCAGAUCAGUCACUGGGACUUGGGAAGUUCCUUCUUCUUUGCUGGCACUGUUAUUACCACCAUAGGCUUUGGAAACAUCUCCCCACGCACACAAGGUGGAAAGAUAUUCUGUAUCAUCUAUGCCUUAUUGGGAAUUCCUCUGUUUGGUUUUCUGUUGGCUGGUGUUGGAGAUCAACUAGGGACAAUCUUUGGAAAAGGAAUUGCCAAAGUAGAAGAUACCUUUGUUAAAUGGAAUGUGAGUCAGACAAAGAUUCGCAUAAUUUCAACAAUAAUAUUCAUACUGUUUGGCUGCGUGCUGUUUGUUGCCCUUCCUGCAGUUAUAUUCAAGCACAUAGAAGGCUGGAACACAUUAGAUGCAAUUUACUUUGUGGUUAUCACUUUAACUACCAUUGGAUUUGGUGACUAUGUUGCAGGGGGAUCAGACAUUGAAUACCUAGAUUUUUAUAAACCAGUGGUGUGGUUCUGGAUCCUUGUUGGGCUGGCUUACUUUGCAGCUGUCCUCAGCAUGAUUGGAGACUGGCUAAGGGUCAUAUCAAAAAAGACAAAGGAAGAGGUCGGGGAGUUCAGAGCCCACGCUGCAGAGUGGACAGCAAACGUCACCGCCGAGUUCAAGGAGACUCGAAGGCGCCUGAGCGUGGAGAUCUAUGACAAGUUCCAGCGGGCCACCUCCAUCAAAAGGAAGCUCUCUGCAGAACUUGCUGUCAACCACAACCAAGACCUGACCCCCUGCAAGAGAACACUGUCAGUGAACCACCUGACCAGCGAGAAGGACCUCUUGCCAGCUCUGACAAAGACGGACAGCAUUUACAUGAAUGGUUUGACGCCGCACUGUGCAGCAGAAGAGAUAGCCGUGAUCGAGAACAUUAAGUAGCCAUGACUUUGGAUCCCAGCCCUUGGGAUGCUCUUGGCUUAGACUAGCCAUACACCUUUUUUUUUUCCACCCUGUCGAUGACCAGUGCUAGCAGCAUUUUAUAUGUGUGCAUGAGUUCCACAGAAAAACUACAGUCCCGAGUUACCAUCGCAUCUCUUCAGAGACACAUAGAUGAAUGGCACUGCUGUUUCCAAAAGAUGCUGGAACAAGCAAUGUUUUCUGCCUUUAUCUGCCCAGACUGUUUUUCACUUCUAAUGUGCCAUACGGCCUCACGAAUGAAUCUCACUUGUUUAUGGUAACAAUGUAGCUUUGAGGGAUCAGUCCUUAAAAUUUCAGGGUCUACCUUACUGAGCCUAGGAAUGGACAAUUUCUGGACUACAACACAUUUGUAAAUGGCAAGAAAUUCUUAUGCAGCCUUUUACCUAAGAAAUUUUGGUCAGUGCCUUAUCUUUUGAAGAACCAGAACCUCUACAGUUCCUGUAUGACUUUUGUUUGUUUGGGUUUUUUGCAUGAGAAGUGUAUUUCAUUUAAGCCUUUCGUUCUUCUUGAAAUGGUGGUGUUUCGAAGGUGUCUGUUGUGAAGAUACCAACCAGCAUGAAUGAAUGCCAAAACUCAACAAUCAUCAAUUGAUGUUGUUAGCUCCAAAUUUAAAGGCACUGCAGUUUCAAAAGUUGCAAACCUGUCCCCUGGAAGCAUUUUGUUUUACUCAGGUCCAGCUGAUACUUGUUCAUGCUGACUUGUAGGAUUUGCAGGCCCUUUUUCAGGUCUUAGUUUUUCCAAGCAGUGUUCAGCAGUUGUUUUUCUCUGCACCAGAUGUACCAAAAAAACCUGCAGCUUAUCUAUCACUAAAUUAUUUGGUAGAUGACAAGAGCAAGUAAAAUUUACUGUUUUGAUGAGAGGCAGGGGGAGGCUUUAAAUUGCUGUGUUCUAAUAAUCACAUUAAAAAAAAAAAAAACAAUGCAGAAGAAUACAGCUAUUUUUAAUAAACAUAAGCCUUCUGCCAGGUAUUAGGUAUGAAAAGGAUUCUUAAUUUCCUUUUUAAGCCAAGUCACCCCAGAGGCUACAUGAUAUUUUACCCAGGAAUCCUGGUGGAGUGCUUUCCUGAAUGUCACGUGGGCUGCCUGUGCCAGAGCUGUGGCUAACGUGGGAAUGCAAUUGAAACUGGUAUCACUGUGACUUUUUACAUUUCAAAUAGAAAUGGCUCUGAAUAUCAAUGCAGGCAUGAAGAAGAGCUGAUAAAUAGCACAAUCUGAAUACCGAUGGUUGUUCAGAUAGGAUAGGCUGACAAGAAGCAGAUCUAAACCAGACUAUGUUUUUCUUUAUUGGUUUUAAGAAAACACAUUAAUUUUGUAACUUCUGUUUUGCUUAUAGGUGUACAUGAGAUUCAGAAGAAAUGCAGGAUGGAAUGGAUAAUUUUGCGUUUUUUUCCUUACGUUAGUCUGUUGUAACCUGGCUGUACAUAAAAUGAAUAGAACAGGCCUUAAAGAAAAAUUUAGGCUCUGUAAAUUAAAAAAGAAUGGGACUUUGCUGAUUGGGCAUGAUUCAAGUGGCAAAUCUUACAGCAUCUCUGACCAUUAGAUAACAUACAAGAUAUGAAUGUUCAUGUUUUUUGGAUGCUUCGCUUGUUUUCUAAUAAAUAUAAGUUAAUAUGUACAUUCAGUGUAAAUAUCAGUCAAUUAACAUUUACAGAGAGUACGCUUUUAAAACUAAGAAAGUUCCAUGACACAGCACCGAGCAAUGCUCUUAUAACAAAGACCCUUGUCUCCCCAGCACAGUGUUCUGAAUGUCCACAUGGCAAGGGUUCCUCUUGCCAUGUAUAAACUGUGAAUUGUAAUGAAAAAUAAAGUUUUUAAUUAAAAUAAAUUUUCCUGAAUCUCCUGCUUGCUACAACUGGAAUGCUAAGGAAUAAUUUGUGAAACUGAUUUUUAUGCUUUCAUUGGUUACAGAAUAUAGCAGUUUGCCAUCUGCUUUAAUUUAAGCUGGUUUAGCAAUAAAGGCUUGACUUACCCAGCACAGAAACUACUAUUUUUUUUCCUUGAUAUUAAAAAAUAUGCUCUUUGGUUGUCAUACCUAAAGUUGUGUUUCUUGCUGUUUUGUUUCAAAAACUCAUCAGGAUUCUGUUUCUUCCAUCGUAUGCUACAGAGCUCUCGCCAGUUGCUCCAUCCUUGCCCUGGGGGAGGUGCAUGGGGCUCUGCCCCUCAGUGCUGCUGGCUCUCCUGUGGUUGCUGGUACCUUUCUGCAGUGUGUGAACGAGCACCUCGAAGGACAGUAGCCUUUCAUACUGCAGCAGUUUUUUCUGUGGUCAAUAUUUUCCAGGGGCCUCUUUAAUUAGGUUUUGGCCAAGGGAAUGAGAACCCACACCAGCCUGGUAAGUGAGGAAGACUGGGGUUUUUGUAUUGUUUCAAUCUGAUAUGUGUGGGUUGUGUUUUAGUGCCUUUUGGAACUGAUUUUUCAGAAAGGGACAGAUAAUGCUCAAAGUUUAUUGUCCUUGAUUCCCUGAGAUAUCUUAGGUUAAAGCCUUCUUUCCUGUUACUAACCUCUAACCAGCUUGUUUCCAGUUACCAACCUAUGGAAGUGCUGGACUUUGUGGUUUCUUUCACUUUAAAGAGUCUCAGGACCUGCUGAAAAAAACCUAUUUUCUGGAGAUCCUGUGGCAAUGUUUGAGAUACAAGUAUGGAUAC